AUGUCUCCUGCACAAUUGGGUCAAGUUUGUUAUAGUAAUGCUCACUGUCGAUUAUGGGAUAGUGACACCCAUUGUGAUUUUUUGAUUCCGGAUUUAUUUGGACGCUGUCAGUGCACUGCGCCGAUGCGAAGAGAUGGUGAUGUUUGUCGUCCUGAUCGGCUCGUUAGACCAGAUUUAGAGUUGCAGCAGCAAUCUGUUCUUCAGAAACCAAGUGAUGAGGUUACACAGCAGAAUUAUGUGACAAGCGAAGAAAUAAGCCGGCAGGAAGGAAACUCUGGUGAGGGUGUCCAAAUGUCAUGGUUAAAAAAUGCAACUUUAUUACUUUCAACCUCACCGCCUACUGAGCCGAUGCCUGUGAUGAUAGUGACUCGAUCGAAGGGCAAUUCAAAACCAAUUCCAACUGGCAACAACGCUCUCCCAGAAGAAAAUGAUGCUGUUAUUGUAGACGCAGAUAUCACUGGACUUGUUCAAACAACAUCAACGGCAUCAUCCUCAGUUCCAAUAAAGACUGACCGACACGAGGGAGAAAAAAUCUUUUCAGCAGUCAGCCUCGGUUUGUCUUGCACAGCAGACAUCGAAUGCCAAAUGGCAGAUCCAAAAUCGCGAUGCAUAAGCGGCUUUUGUGAUUGUAUGUAUCGUGGAAGAGGAAACUCCACCUGCAGUGCUCGAAGCACCGGAUGUGAACUUGGAACCUUUCAGUGUAGAAGUUCUGGAGACUGUAUUAGCUGGUUCUUUGUUUGUGAUGGAAAACGAGACUGCAAGGAUGGUUCAGACGAGGAAUGCUCAACCGCACGAUGUCCGGCCCAGGCUUUCCGUUGCCAUCGAAGCGGGAUGUGUGUCUCUAAGGCUGGACUGUGUGAUGGAAGUAAAGACUGCCCUAAUGGAGAAGAUGAGGAAGGGUGUAACAAUCGAAGAAAAUGCCCGGAAGGAGCCUUUCGAUGCAACAAUGGUCAAUGCCUACCAGGUUACGAAUUCUGCAAUGCAGUUGUGUCGUGCAGAGAUGGGAGUGAUGAGCCUCGAGGUGCUUGUCGAACGAGGAACCGAGGCCGAAUAGCUCCCAGGUUUUGCCCUUUCAAAUGUGGAAAUGGAAGAUGUCGAUCUGAUGCCAUUACUUGUAGUGGAAGGGAUGGAUGUGGUGAUAAUUCUGAUGAAAUACAUUGUUCUGUCUGCAGAUGUGAUGAUGUGCCUUAAUUGCCCCAGUUCAAGAACCAGAUCCUACAACUACUUGGCAAAUUGGGAGCGCGGAUUGAAGAGAAGAAACAUUUCUUCCAUUUUUAAUCUUAUUUCUACUAUCGAAUAUUUUUGAAGCUAGAGAAAUAUGAUUGAAACCUAACAAUAAAGAAUUUUAAUGAAAUUGAGAAGAAUAGGAUAAGUAUUGGUUGCUGCAAAUGACCAAAGAUGGAUGAAUCAGUUCGUCAAAGAAGCAGAUUCCAAAUCCAUAUAUUUUUCUCAUUAAAAAAUACUUCUUAGAACUGUGCUAAUAAGUUGAACAAUUUUACAAUUGCCUGUUUCUUCGACGAAUGCUCUUUCAAGCACUUUAGAUUAGUAAAUUGCAAGCCAUUAACUUGAUUUUCUCACAUUACACCGUAUUUUCAUGUCAAUUACGGUUACGUCCGUAUUCUUCGGGCAUUGAGCAAUCAUGUAUAGUCUAAUUUAGAUAAUAAAUAAGAUUGAAAAUUGAAAUAAAAAAUAUUAAUGUCUUUGAAUUAGUGGUAAUUAUGACUGAAAUCUUAGGACGUAACCAUCAACUUUUUUAAUGAUUGGUUAGUUCGCAGAAAUAGAAGAUUCCUUUGAGGAGAGAAAAUGAAAUUAAUGUUAGGUUUAUAAAUAAGGGACUUAAUGAUAGAUUCGAACACAAUGCAUGCGAAGAUAUAUGUAUUUAUUAAGUAGAAUUAGCAAGAACAAUUCAGACCCGUAUGUAUUAAGCUGCGGCUUCUAUUGUUGAAUUUGAAUAGUUCUUUCAAGUACACAGUAAACACAUUUUUUGUCAUUUAUCGCCCACAUCCCACGUCUAUAAAGAUUAUAUAAAGCAAGUACGGACUUGAAUCUGAUUAAACUUCGUACGAAGAUUUAGACAAAAAUGUUUUUGGGGUAAAAGAACUGUUUUUUGUAACUGUUUUUAUAAUAAAAUAUGUAAUAUUUUUA